ACAUGCGCUUGAUGCAAUGGAUAAAGAAAACCACUCAAUGGUGACUGAGUUUAUCUUCAUGGGCAUCACCCAGGACCCUCAGCUGCAGAUCAUCUUCUUCGUGGUCUUCCUCAUAGUUUACCUGGUCAAUGUAGUGGGGAACGUUGGUAUGAUUAUCCUGAUUAUAACAGACACUCAACUUCAUACACCCAUGUAUUUUUUCCUAUGCAACCUGUCUUUUGUUGACCUGGGCUACUCCUCAGCCAUUGCCCCCAGGAUGCUGACUGACUUCCUAACAAAGCACAAGGUUAUCUCCUUUUCCAGCUGCGCCACCCAGUUUGCUUUCUUUGUAGGUUUUGUAGAUGCUGAGUGCUAUGUCCUGGCAGCCAUGGCCUAUGAUCGUUUUGUGGCCAUCUGUCAACCCCUCCACUAUAACUCUCUCAUGUCCAAGCGGGUCUGCUUGGCUCUCAUGCUGGGCUCUUACCUGGCUGGUCUAGUGAGUUUAGUAGCCCACACUACCCUCACCUUCAGCCUGAGUUACUGCGGUUCCAAUAUCAUCAACCAUUUCUUCUGCGAAAUCCCACCACUCUUGGCUCUUUCUUGCUCAGACACCUACAUCAGUGAGAUCUUGCUCUUCAGUCUGUGUGGCUUCAUUGAAUUCAGCACCAUCCUCAUCAUCUUCAUCUCCUAUAUCUUUAUCCUCAUUGCAAUUAUCAGAAUGCGUACAGCUGAAGGCCGCCUUAAGGCUUUCUCCACCUGCGGGUCUCACCUUACUGGUGUCACCCUCUUCUACGGCACAGUCAUGUUUAUGUACCUGAGGCCAACAUCCAGCUACUCCCUGGACCAAGACAAGUGGGCCUCUGUGUUCUACACAAUUAUCAUCCCCAUGUUGAAUCCCUUGAUCUACAGUUUGCGGAACAAGGAUGUGAAAGCUGCUUUCAAAAAACUAAUUGAAAAAAAAUGUCAUAAUAACACAAAAUGAAAAUCUGUUUUUGUCCUAGGUAAAUGAUAGUAGUGGAAAAAGAUAGGAAA